AUGAAGUUAGAAUCAGUUCUGACUAUGGUCGGCGAUUUUGCCGCCAUGAAACGUACUCCUGACUAUAAACCGGCGGUUACACGUGACGACAAUGCAAUGCCAAAAAGUGAUUCACCAAAACCCAACAACACUCCUCGCAGGCACUCAUUGCACAUUACUGUUGGGACGGAAGAAAUUCCAAGAUUAACUCGGCCGCGAUCGGAAUCGUUCUGUACAUCAUCGUCACCACCCGAACCAAAACUCUAUGAGAAGGCAGUAAGAAGAGUAUCAGCCCCAUGCAUUUCAUCAUCCGGCGCUUCGGCUGUUUCAUUGCGAAGGAAACUACAAAAGAUGCGUCAACAACAAUCGGUCGAGUCUGACGAGCAUUCUUUGAGAGAACUAUCUGAAAAUGAGGAUGAUUCUCCAAAAGAACUGGUAGGUAUUCCUGUGGAAUUUUACUUUCCAGAUGGAGAUGGCAACGUUUUACCCACCAUACAAAAUCUUUUAAAGUCAGGGCUUUUGCUCUCCUGCCCGAGCAUAAUUGCGGUAGCAGCACUUUUUAGGAACUUCAUCUCCUCCGUGGGUACGGGUUUGUUGAAUUCAGGAUUUGUAUGGUUAAAAAAGGCCGACAAGAUGCCGACAUCAGUGCUUUCUCUUCAUAGCAUAGCGAUCAGAAAAUCGCAUGUUGCAUGA